AACCCCCAGCUUGUACACUUGCGCAAAUAUUUAUGAACUAAAAUAGUGGUUCUACGCCAUUGUUAAAGACUGUUAAUUAUCAAAAAACUGAAAUAAACAGUUUAGUGUAGCAAAUUAGAGUUUGAAAGUGCAAUAGUGGUAGUGUUUUUGCGUGACUUUAGGGUAUUGUGACUAAAUACAAGAUUAGUCAAUGUCAGCAGGCGUGUCAGACCAGCGAAUGAAAGGACAGGGAAAUCAAGUGUCCAAUGGGUCUAAAGAACAGUUAGGAGGUGGCGAAGGAGCGACGAGUUCAGAAGAAUUCGAACCAUGGAGGUCCCAGCAACAAAGUUCUGCCGCGCAUACUGCUUACGGAACGUCGGUCCCCAUUUCAAGCGCAACUGAUCUUUACAAUAUGAGUACAGCAGGUUAUUAUGGUAGUGGGGGAUCCUACCCUUAUCAGGCUUACGGUGUUGGGGAUGGCACAUGGUCAAAUGGGACGGAUCCCAUGCCAUUUUUAAGCGGAUAUCCACAUGAUUCUUAUUCAAUGGACGGAAUGUUUGGCCCAUCAACAACAUUCUCUACUCCAACUGCUUUUGCCGGACAACCAUCGUCCUUUAACUAUUUCCAUAGCAAUGGGGAUUAUAACACAUGGGGCAGCCAGCUGAGUAGCCAACGGAAAUAUGAUGAAUAUUACCGGGACCAACAGAACAUGUAUACCCAAGCGAUACCUGAAAAUGCCCUAAAGAGUGUGGAGCAUGCUAUGCAAAAUUUGGAUUUGAAAUCAAAUGAUUCCAAAGAUAGCCUGAGUCUUCAAAAGAAGACGACAUGGGCAAGUAUCGCUAGUCAACCCGCGAAGCCCCAGUUGACCAUUCAGAACCAAGGUUUGAAAAAGAAAGGUCCAGGGAUGCCUCCUGGCCCCAUUGUUCCUGGCAAACAUAACAUGGAUAUUGGCACCUGGGACACGAAUAAGAAUACGCCGCCGCAAAUUUCGGUAGUCAACAAUGUAGUCCCUCCGAAAAGCAUUUUACCGGCAAACGUAACUUCAGGCACAGCCGCUUCUAAUGUGAGACUGGGAUGGAAUGGACCACCUCCACCACAGCCUCCCAGACAACCUCCGUCUGUCACUCAGGUACCCCCUCCACGUGCCCCGCAACACCCUAUGGCACCGACGGCUUAUCAGACGCAGCCCAUGAUACCUCCAUUAUUGCCGCCUCAAGUUCCGGCGGGUUCGCACAUGCAGAGCAUGAUGCCCCCUCCAAUGCAAAUGAUAAUGGCUACUCCGCAAACCCAGCCCCCAACUCACCCGGUGUUGGACGAAUUGCGAGGGAAAAACAAUUAUAAUCCUACCGAUUUCGACCUUACUGCCCCCAACGCUAGAUUUUUUGUUAUAAAAUCCUACUCUGAAGAUGAUAUUCAUCGAAGUAUUAAGUAUGAAAUUUGGUGUAGUACAGAGCACGGCAACAAACGUUUGGAUCAGGCUUAUAAAGAAAGGGAAGGCAAUGGUUGUGUGUAUUUGUUCUUUUCUGUAAAUGGUUCAGGACAUUUUUGUGGUAUGGCUCAAAUGGUAUCCUCUGUAGAUUACAAUGCCAGCAGUUCAGUCUGGUCACAAGACAAAUGGAAGGGGCAGUUUAAAGUCCGUUGGAUAUAUGUAAAGGAUGUGCCAAAUGUACAGCUCCGUCACAUCCACCUUGAGAACAAUGACAACAAGCCGGUGACAAACUCUCGGGACGCUCAAGAGGUGCCCCACGCGCGGGGUCUACAGGUGCUUCGGAUCAUGCACUCGUAUCGGCAUUCGACUUCGAUUUUCGACGAUUUUAUCCACUAUGAGAAAAGGCAAGAGGAGGAGGACAAUCGCAAACAGCCCUCGCACCCAAAGGACUCUCAUCACGACGGUAAUAACAGAGUGGACCGCGGUGAAGGUCGAGUAGGCACUAGGAAUCACGAUCGGGACACAGAUGGUCACAGACCAAGCUAUAGGAAUGAUAGAAGUGAUCAUUACGGAGAUCAUCAUAGGGAGCGAGACAACAGAAACCGAGGCGGUCGUGGUAAUCAUCGCAGCUAAAGGAAUACAUAAAAAGAAAAAUAUUAAUAGAAGCAACCAUUAUCGGCAUUACUUUUCUCCAUGUUGUCUCCAUUAAUAAUCCAUUAACAAUACAUGUGGAUAAAACCUGAAGUUAAAUUAAGUGUCUCGUUCAUAAAAUUUAUCAAGAAAAGAUAAAUCUUCAACUAGUGGUUGUAUUACGUUGCUGACACUGGUUUGCUUUCGUCAUUUACAUUUACAGAUUAGUUACGCUUCGGGUAAACAUUAACUGGUUAAUUAAAGUAAAAAAAAGCUAAAUAAAUACUAAUACUAAAAUGGUAUAUGGAUUAUAUAGAGAAUAUUUGUAAAAAAUAAACUUAGCGGCUCACUAUUCGGAUCGUGUUCUAACUGAGGAAAGGCGGACUCUUAAAAUGGGAAAACAAAAGAGUGAAGUGAUUUUGUGUUUCGCUGGUGCGGCAGACUUCUUCAAAAUAUUUUGCGGUGAUACAAAAGACAAAGAAUCCUAAUGCAGUUCAAAACAAUAUUGAUUUUUCCGGACCAAAUUAAUGUGCAGUUUUGUUAGUAUGUGAUAUAGUAUUUUGGAUGAACAAAAAAUAUUGUGGAAGUGCCGAUGGACAAAACCUACGAACAAUGUAACAAAUUGGCUAUUUAGUUGAAUGGACUCUUAAUAUGUUCAAACUAAUUUGUUAUUCUUUUUUACAAUUUUCUAUUUUAAGAAGGCGGAUGGACUGGAAGCACAGAACAUGUCUGUUGAUUAUUACAUAGUUUAUGAUAGGGAGACUUAAUCCGCAAGCUAUGUUUUAUUGUAUUUAAUGGUUGUUUGGAAAAAUUCGUAAUGAUUGGAAAAUUGUGCAGUUGGAUCAAUUCUAUGAAAAAAAAAUGUUCAUAUUUUAAACAAAAUCAUUGUGUCAGUCCCAGAAUCUCAAAUUUAAAAAUAAUAAUUUAUGAGUAGCAGCGGUUGUCAGCACUAUUUUAUCACCAAUUUUACUUGUUAAUUAUUGCAAAAUACAAGCUGUAGUCAAAAACUGUUGGUGUAGAGUUUUUAUGUUGGAUGCUUUUUUUGUAUUUAUACCUGAAGAUUUCAUCAAUGAACUGGAGUACUUUUUCAUCUCCAAUUGAAUAAAUUUUUGAUGAACUUAUGUUACAAUCUAAUGUUUUUCUCUGUACUCGUCCUAAUACCACAUUUAUAUUUAUAUUACGUCACAGGGGAUCAAGUAUUUUUUUUUCAUAUUAAUUUAAAUAACGAAAACUUAUUAAAUUUUUGCAAUUUGUUUGAUCCUAACAUCAUGUAGGAAUAAUUUUCUAUUAUUGAAUGAAUUGUUUAUUAUUUGAUUGAAAUCAAGUUCCAACUGCGAUCCAUUAAAAAACAUUAGUAAAGCUAUUGCAAUUGCAUUAUUUAAAAAACAUUUUGUUAAAGAAAUAUGUUUGUAGCUAACAUAAUUUUUCAAAAAAUUUUAAUAUAAAUAAAAUUUCUUUGAAUUGCUUUGUACUUAUUUAAUACUAUUAUAUAAAUAAAAUUUCUUAUAUCAAUAGCGUUUGCGCUUUGUACAGUUUUCUCCAGAUAAAUAUGGCUUGGCAUCCCGAAAACCGUGGUAAAUUCAAUUCGAGAAAAGUUGUAGAGUUUUUAUAACUAAUGAUUAGUGUUUUGACAGUAAAGAAAAAUCUGAGCAGUAUCUGUUCUCGAUAUCUCCAGAAUUAAUCGGAAAAUACUCAACUUUUCUCGAGUCCAAGCGGUAACUGUUACCGACUUAUCUUGGCGGAACUGUAGACUAAGUUCAACUUGCAUCUGCUUAUCCAUUUAUGUUCUUUCUAUUUUAGGUAUGUAGAUCUAAAUAUAAACUUAUUUCGCUCUUUCAUGCAUGCAAGGGUCAUUGAAGGCAGAGUAAAUUUUUUUCAAUUGUAUGAAAACUAUUUCUUAUUAUAGUUUUGUUUGCGUUGUAUAUAUUUGUAUGACCAGCAUGAAGAAAAUCGAGUUCUCCAGGAAGUCAAAAUGUAAAUACAAUUCUAUUGUAUGCAAUUGUUUCUGUCAAUAUGUAAAAGAUAUAUCUGUAAUAAGUUAGGACAUGGCUUGUAGGAUUAAAAAGUCUGUAUUUUACAGUGCCUAAACUUGUUAAAAGUGAUGCUCCUUACAGGACGCAUAUCAGACGUUUUUGUGAUCCGAACAGUGGGCAUCUGUUGAAAGUUGAAAUAAUGAAUAAAAUAUGUCUAUAAUAAAUGCAUUUUGUUA